CUCUGAGAGACCAUUCAGCCAAGAUGGCGAGCGGAGGGGCGUCCGUGGCUUCGCUGUGGACCGAAGUGAACCGCUGCGGGCAGAAUGGAGACUACACGAGAGCCCUGAAAGCUCUGACAAAAAUUUUGCAUGAGAACAGAGACGAUGUGACGGCCCUUCACUGUAAAAUAGUUUGCCUUGUUCAGAACGGCAGCUUCAAAGAGGCUCUGAAUGUCAUGAACACCCAUUCAAAAGUGCUCGGCAGUGAGGCUGUGUUUGAGAAGGCGUACUGCGAGUAUCGACUGAACAGAGUAGAAAGUGCCCUGAAGACGAUCGAAGGUGCUCCCGAGCAAACAGACAAGCUGAAGGAGCUUUACGGUCAAGUGUUGUACCGACUCGAGCGCUACGACGAGUGCAAGUCCGUCUACACAGAUCUGAUCAGGAACUCUCAGGACGAGUACGAGGAGGAGAGGAAGACCAACCUGGCUGCUGUGGUGGCUGCGAUGAGUCAGUGGGAGAAGGCACCGCUGGAUGAUCUAGGUCUGCCUGAGUCAACGUAUGAGCUGUGUUACAAUGCUGCCUGCGCUCUGAUUGGCCAAGGACAGCUGACAGAGGCCUUGAAUAAAUUAAGACAAGCAGAAGAGCUUUGCAGAGUCUCGCUGGCGGACGAUUCUGAUGUAACUGAGGAGGACAUCGAGUCGGAGCUGGCCGUCAUCCACUCUCAGAUGGCGUACGUCAUGCAGUUACAAGGUCGGACAGACGAGGCGCUGCAGCUCUACAACCAGGUCAUCAAGCUCAAGCCAUCAGACGUGGGGCUGCUCGCUGUGACUGCCAACAAUAUCAUCACAAUAAACAAGGACCAAAACGUGUUUGACUCGAAGAAAAAGGUGAAGCUCACGAACGCUGAAGGUGUCGAAUACAAGCUGGCGAAGAAGCAGCUGCAGGCCAUCGACUUCAACAAAGCUCUGCUGGCCAUGUACACAAAUCAGGCCGACCAGUGCAGGAAACUGUCAUCCAGUCUUCAGUCUCAGAACCCAGGUCACCCUCGACCGGUCCUCAUCCAGGUUGCUCAACUGUGCAGGGAGAAGCAGCACAGCAGAGCCAUAGAGCUGCUCCAGCAAUUCUCAGACCAACAUCCAGAGAGUGCGUCUGGCAUCAAACUGACAAUGGCACAACUCUAUUUAGUACAAGGUCACGUGACAAAAGCCUGUGAUGUCCUGAGGUCCAUUGAAGAGUUCAAGCACAAAUCAGGGAUGGUUUCAGCUCUGGUAACCAUGUAUUCCCACGAAGAAGACAUCGACGGCGCUAUCGACGUCUUCAAACAAGCUAUCGAGCACUACCAGUCUGAGCAGCCCGGAUCUGCUGCACACUUGGCUCUCGUACGAGAAGCUGCCAAUUUCAAACUGAAGUACGGACGGAAAAAAGAAGCCAUUAGUGAUCUGGAGCAGCUGUGGAAGCAAAACACCAACGACAUCCACACGCUGGCGCAACUCAUCUCGGCGUACUCUCUGGUGGACACAGAUAAAGCCAAAUCCCUCAGCAAGCACCUACCAUCCGCAGACACCAUGUCCUUCAACGUGGACGUGGACGAGCUGGAGAACUCCCACGGAGCCACAUACGUCAGGAAAAAAGCUGCUAAAGUCACAGGAGAAAACCUCCCCAAAGAACAAGGCCAAGGAGAGAUCAAGAAGAAGAAGAAGAAAAAGAAAGGCAAAUUACCCAAGAACUACGACCCCAAAGCGACCCCUGACCCCGAGCGGUGGCUGCCCAUGAGGGAGCGCACCUACUACAGAGGCAAGAAGAAGGGAAAGAAGAAGGAGCAAAUAGGAAAAGGCACACAGGGGGCGACGGCAGGAGCUUCAGCCGAGCUGGAUGCCAGUAAGACAGCCAGUAGCCCCCCUACCUCCCCAAGACCUGGGUCUGCGUCUGGCUCGUCUGCAGCCCCCGGCAGCAACGUGGUCCCCCCACGGCAGCAGAAACCCGCGGCCUCAGGUGCUACUCGCAAGAAGGCACCACAGAAGAAGAAGAAGGGAGGGAAAGGAGGCUGGUAGUCAGGAGGGAGGGGCCACAGGACAUGCUGACGUCAGUGUGGCUGAGAAAUCAUAAACUUUUUUUAUGUUUCGAAGUUAAAUUUUAGUUUCGUUGUGGCCAUUUAAUUUAAACACAUGAAACCAAAACCUCCCCUUUGUGAUAGGAUUUUUAAAGGGCAGUUCCACUAAAAUUAACUUUUUGUUGCUCCACAAAAGCAGGUGUUUCUUGAUUGAGGAAAACAGCACUGGUGUUUACAGAUUGACACAGAAUCUGAGCAUAAAGUCGAAGUGCAUCCUGAGCUGGUCUCUUCUCUGCAGUCGUAGAUUUGGUUCCUCCAUCUCUGCAGAGCUCUGAGCUCCAGCACUCAGCUCAGACGGGAGCUUAGCCACUUCUCUCUCAAGUUCCCUUCUGUCUUAUCAGAUCUGUUUUGAGAUGCACUCGUUUUAUAUGCACCUGCAGUUCAACUCUGAGUGCUUAUGCAGAGAGUUUGAAGGUAAUAACUUCUCAAAAUGGCUGACUGCUGAGCUCCUUCUUCAUCUUGGGGAAGAGGUAGUCAUCCGAGGGGACAGACACAGCAUAUUUUUAUAUUAAAAUCAAAGACCUCUCCUUAUUUUAAAGUGUCAGAUUUUCACAAAAGCAUCUCAGUUUAGUGUUUACAUUUUCAUUUAAUUGUAAAGAAAACAAAAAACAAACUGAAUUUAUUGUCAUUUUACACCUGAACUCAUCACAGAUCAGUUCAGGGACAUUUGAGGUAAACCACUGCUUCUGUGACGUACCUUAAAGUCCAGUUUUUGGGGGAACUGUCCUUUAAUAUUUCUUGGGUCUUGGAGUAUUUGGAUGUCACUCGUACACGUCUGCUUCGUGUUCCUCUUUUGUUUUUGUUUUUUAAAUUGUCCCUUUACUUUCAAUAAGCUGACCCCAUCAACCACCGGGCAUUGGAUGCAAUGUUAUUUAUUUUUGAAUCCAUGUGUUGGUCUAAAAUUUGAGCAAAAGAGAAUUUUAAUUCCUGAGUUUAAUUCUGUCAGAUGCAUGUUUCAGGAAACGAGGAAAGAGAUUAUUUUGGCCAAACAGGUUGUCCCACUUUGUUAAGUCUUAAUUAAACUCUCGACAACAGCAACACAA